CUCAGUAAAUCGCCAUCUUGACUCUUGAAGCUCUUACUGCUUUCGAUGCAGCGUUCUACGCCCCUUGUUGAUAAAACGACAUUAAUCAUUAGUUUAUUUAAGAAGCUUUAUUUCCAUACAUUGGUUCAUACGCAGCCUGGCCGCUUUAUUAUAAAGCUGCUAUAAAAGGCUAAAAUCAUGCAAAAGUAUGAAAAGCUGGAGAAGAUAGGAGAGGGCACCUAUGGGACUGUUUUUAAGGCUAAAAACAGGGAGACGCAUGAAAUUGUGGCCCUCAAAAGAGUUAGACUGGAUGAUGAUGACGAGGGGGUUCCAAGCUCAGCUUUACGAGAAAUCUGUCUCCUGAAGGAGCUGAAACAUAAAAACAUUGUACGGUUGCAUGACGUCCUUCACAGUGAUAAAAAGCUGACGUUAGUGUUCGAGUAUUGUGAUCAGGACUUGAAGAAAUACUUUGACAGCUGUAAUGGGGACUUGGAUCCAGAAAUUGUAAAGUCCUUUAUGUAUCAGUUACUGAAGGGACUAGCGUUCUGCCACAGUCGAAAUGUUCUCCACCGGGACCUUAAACCACAAAAUCUGCUCAUCAACAGAAACGGCGAACUAAAGCUAGCUGACUUUGGUUUGGCCAGAGCUUUCGGGAUCCCUGUGCGGUGUUAUUCUGCAGAGGUGGUGACGUUGUGGUACAGACCCCCAGACGUGCUGUUUGGUGCUAAGUUAUACUCUACCUCUAUCGACAUGUGGUCCGCAGGCUGUAUAUUUGCAGAACUAGCAAACGCUGGACGUCCUUUAUUUCCUGGUAACGAUGUGGACGACCAGUUAAAGAGGAUCUUUCGGUUAUUGGGAACACCGACAGAAGAACAGUGGCAAACUAUGAAUAAACUUCCAGAUUAUAAGCCGUAUCCAAUGUAUCCCGCCACAACAUCACUUGUAAAUGUUGUCCCGAAGCUGAGCAGCACCGGCAGAGACCUGCUCCAGAAUCUUUUAAAAUGUAAUCCAGUCCAGCGCAUCUCAGCAGAGGAAGCCCUACAGCACCCGUACUUUGCAGACUUCUGCCCACCCUAAAUCUGACAUCCACAGAGUAUCCCUCAGAAGCAGAAUUUGAGCCGGUCUGAUCUCGCCACCUCACCCACACCAUUCCUCCAGUUUUUUGUUCAAGUUACACCUGCUGUGGCAGCAUUCAAAGACCUUAAAACAAUCUGCCGUGUAUUUUGUCGUCCAUGUGGACCGGAUUGUGAUAGUGGCACUCCAGCGUUGUGUUUGUAGUUCCCAGAAAAUGUUGGUUUGGUCUGGAUGUUAGAUCACAGAAACUGGUCCUACUGUACAAGAUUCAUUUAGUUGCCAAAUGUGCAUCACAAGUCUGUAAUGGUUUACAAAGUUCUGCCGUGAAGACUGAAGGCAGUGAUGUGUGUUCUUCAUUUAAUAACACACAAUGAACGUACUUGAUUUAUGUUUCAAUAUAUGUAUUAUUUAAAAAUA